AUGCAACUCUCAAUAUUUCUCUCUACUAUAUUUAUAGGACUCACAAUUGCAACGCCUAGCGGCACAAUCGAGGAAGGACCGAACAAGGUCCUACGAGAUCUUUCAUCACGCGAGACUGAAGCAAGCUGCAUUGUAGAUGGACAAUGUCGAAAGCUUACUUGUAUCGCGCCAUCGGACUUUGAAUCUUGUAGCCCUUGCGGUGGGCUGCCGCCUUGUUAG